CUCUGUGAGUGACGUCACCCUUCAGUGGGCUUUCCUAUUGUUAAUCAGACGUGUAUUAAGUGUUGCGUUACUUUCAAUUGAGUUCACAAUUAAUUGUCUUAUGGUUUGAACGCAUAGAUGACCGCAAAUAGUGACCAAUCGAUGGCAUCAUAACUGCAAUACAAACACAGCAUUGAAGAGAUUGCGUGAGUGUUUGACUGGACUCUCACUUUCAUCGGACUGUCCACUCGUGAGUGUCUCUCGUGACCAACAAAUCCAUACAAUCUUAGGCCGAGUAUUAGUCGUAAGCCAUGAAGUGGUGUUGGGUUUGUGUGUUGUUGUGGUUGAAUGGCAUCGCAAUGUGUUUGAGUGCCAAACACUACUCGUAUGUGACGUGCGGUUCACUCAUUAAACUAAUGAACACUAAUUAUAACGUAAGACUGCACUCACAUGACGUGAAGUACGGCUCGGGUAGUGGUCAGCAGUCCGUGACGGGCACCGACGCCUCGGAGGACGUAAACAGCUAUUGGUCGGUCAGGGGUAAGAGUGACCGCAUGUGCCAAAGGGGCGAACCCAUGGAGUGCGGGGCAGUCGUGCGGCUGCAACACAUGGCCACCCAUAAGAACCUCCACAGCCAUCACUUCUCGUCACCGCUGUCUGGCAAUCAAGAGGUCAGUGCUUUCGGUGACAAGAAUGGAGAGGGAGAUACCGGUGACAACUGGACGCUCAUCUGCAGCGGCGACUACUGGGAAAGGGAUGCGGACUUUCGGCUCAAACACUUGGACACAGAAAUGUGGUUAUCGAUGUCCGGCCACUCGUAUGGGCGUCCCAUCCACGGCCAGAUGGAGAUCGUGGGCUCGUCCUAUCCGGACGGCGCCAGCUAUUGGCGCACCAAAGAAGGCGUUUAUGUGAAGCCGUCGGACAAGACGUCGUACACCAAGAGUGAUGUCGAUCACGACGAGCUCUAGUCUACACUCCCAGACAUACCACUAGAUAGUUAUCAUCACUUCAUUUGUAUUACAAUUUCUAUUAAUUUAUAAUUUUUAUAUACAUUUCUCACAAAUAGUUUCGACUUAUGAAUACAAUUAAAGGAUAUAUGAGUUGUUUUG